AUGAGUCACUACGAGAAAGCUUAUAAUCCACCAGAGGAUAUCCAGGAAUUGAGAGCGAAAGGACUACCAUGGGUGGUCGCAACAUGCCUUCUCGUGAUCGUUGUACUUUCCGGUGUUCUCUUCUAUUUCGUUGCAGCUGCUGAGCUAUCCGCAGAUAUAAACCAAAGCACAGUCGUCCCGUCCAUCGGAUACGAGGUGGAGUUUUUGGAUACGGAGAGCUCUCCAACACAAGCUUAUCUGCCAAAUUUGACCUCAACGAAAAGCUCUGAUGACUUAACGCAGGAUAUCUCCACAGAAUGGACAUCGCCGCCCGCCAGAAGCGCAUCGAGAAAGUUCCUGCAUGCUACCGUCACUUGUCGUAACGAGUACUGUGCUGAAAUUGGGCGUGAUGUGCUUAUUCGCGGCGGAAAUGCUGUCGAUUCCGCAAUUGCCACAGUCGUAUGUACAGGAGCUGUGCAUCCACAUGCCUCUGGAUUUGGUGGUGGACUGAUGAUGAUCAUACACAAAAGCGAAAACAACGAAACCAUUGUCAUCAACGCUGCUUCGUCUGCACCCCGAAGCGCGAAAGAGGAGACAUUCCUAGCUUAUCCUAGUUUGGCUAAAUUAGGUUUCUCAUCAAUCGCCACACCCGGUUUUCUACAUGGAAUCUGGACCGCAUAUAAACGAUUCGGAUCAGGCAAAAUAGCAUGGCAGGAUCUUCUAAUGCCUACCGUAAAUCUGCUGGAAAGAGGAUACCCUAUCGAUGCUGACUUUAUCGCUGCUGUUCAAAAUCGAUUCCAUGAACUUAUCGCAGAAAAGAGCAUGAAUCCCGCUUACGCUACGCUUACGGAAGGCACGAUUUUCCACGAUCCAGUGCAUUCGCAUUUUCUCCGACGGCUUUCGCUUGCUGCCGAUCCGUCAGAGUUUUUCUACCGGGGCGAGAUAUCAAAUCAGAUUAUCCACGAAAUGAAGCAACGUGGAGGUCUUCUAAUCAAAGCUGAUCUUGCUGGUUACGAGACGAAAAUUGAAAAACCUCAUAAUAUUAAACUUCCCAACGGAUUCUCUAUUAAAGGACCUACAUUGCCGUCUUCGUUUUUAGCAAUUGGUAUCAUUGUGGAAAUUAUGAUGAGUCGCUACAGUAAUCGUUCAGAAAUCUCCCUGGAUGUUAAUUAUCUGAGAGAUCUGUUAAUGGCGCAGAGAACGGCUCUUCUGCGGCUUGAAAAAUCAGGUGAUCCAGAUUUUGCAAUCUAUGAUCCAGUAGUGGACACAAUGGGCGAACGACGCAAUAACACUUUGGAUGACUCAGAUGAGAACUUUGACGAGAAAGACGUAAACAAGCUGUUGCGGAACCUGAAAAAAUUUCUUUUAUCCACUAAUUUUUGGAAACAAGAGGAUUUCGUCGGCUCCCAUAUCAACGUCAUUGAUCGGGAACAUUUGGCUGUCGCGUUAGGUUCAACUAUAAACAAUAGGUUCGGAUCGGUUCGGCGAUUUGAAAAAGGUGGUUUCCUAUGGAAUAACGCAAUGUCUGGAUUCACCAUUUACGAUAAGGAAGAUAGCGAAGAUAUGCACGUGAAUGCUGUGGAGGGUAGGAAGCGUCCGCGAACUUCCAUGUCACCUUUUAUGCUAUUCGAUGCGAAUGGUAAGCUGCUUGGCUGUUACGGAACGACUGGAUCCCUGAAUUCGAUCCUUGGCAUUUCACAAGUUCUGCUUCAUUACAUGCUAUUCGACAUGGAUCUGAAGAAAUCCGUUGACGCUCCACGUAUUUUUGCCACCUUGGAAGGCGCGGCCUUUGAAAGUGGAUUUCAGCUGAAUUUCUUAUCCGAGCUGAGAGCGGCCUUAUCCGUAAAUCCAAUGCUUCUAACAGAUUCAGUGGUACAUCCGUUAGAAUUGCUCGAAGACGGAACUCUACUAUCCGUUUGCGACUUCAGAGACGGCACUGAUCAGUGUGCAAGAGGAUUUUAA